GCAGCAGGCGCAGCUGAGCUGCGACAGGCACCUGGAGUCGGAGUGCAUGAGGCUGGGCCUGGAGCUGCAAGAGCUGCGGCGGGACGUGGAGCUGCAACGCGCGGAGCUGCAGCGCGCGGAGCAGAAGGAGCAGCAGCAGCUCGCCCUGCAGCAGCAGCAGGAGCAGCAGCACCGCGACCAGCUCGCCGCCACGAGGGCGGAGCAGAGCCUGACGAUCGAGGCGAUCCGGGGCCAGCACGACCUCGCGGUCCGGGCCAUGGAGGCCCAGAGCGAGCAGCAGAGGGAACUGCAGGAGUCUCAGAGCCGGCUGCGUGGGCAACUGCUGGAGGGCUUCGCCGACGGGCAGGCCAAGCUUGCGCAGGUGCAAGCGAGGCUGGAGGAGAGGAGCCAGGAGGCCUGGAAGCAGGCGGAGGCGGAGCGCAUCCAGCUGCGGGACAAAUGGGACGACCAGCUCGCCCGCCUCCGCGACAGCGUGCAGUCCGAGCACGCCGACCUGCGCUCGCGCCUCUCCGAGCUGGGCGACGUGGCGCAAAAGGAUUUCCGCACGCUGACGGAGGCUCUGACGCACCAGGAGCAGCAACAGAAGAAGCUGCAGGAGGCUGCGGCUGACGCGAUGAAGGCGGGCCUCGAGGAGGCCGGGCGGAGGGUGGACGCCCUCUCCGCGGAGCAGCAGGCGCAG